GCCAGGCCAUGUGCUAAUAGCGAUCGCAGCGGGUAUAAAGAGGGACAGCGCAGCACGUAGCGCAGCCCAUGUCCGCAGCAGGGCAGAACGGCGCGCUAGUUGGCCCAGGCUGGGUGCCUGGCUGCGGAGGCUCCGGCGGGGGCUGCCCGUUUAGCAGGGGGACCGCGGGCACCGCUGCAGGUUCCGGCGAGCUGUGAAGUCACUGCGGAGCAGCCGCCCCAUGGGGAGCGGGGUGUGCCGGUGGGGACGCGUCUGAGUCGGCCGGGGAGCUGCCGAGAGUUGCCAGUCUGGCUGUAGCCAGCAAAGCGCUCCCUUCCAGUCUAAGGACGCUGACCCUCCUGGCGGGAUGAGCUCCACUUAGGCAAUCAGACAGAAGCUUAAGAUGCUUCCUGAGCUGUGGGACGGAGUCUCUGCCAUGGCCAUUGCUGAAUAGUGCAGCCUUGCCAGACGAAUGCAUCAGCACCAACCUCUCUGCCAUGGAAGAGCUGGAAGGGAACUGGAAGCAGGCAGAAGGGGGUCUGGGAGUGGAUCAUGGGUGGGGCCACCCCAGGCUGAUUGGGGAAGCAAUUACUGGUUGAUCUAUCCCUUGUCGUCUAGUACCAGCAUCUGACUGUCAGAGGCCUAUGGACACCCAGAGCAUGGGGGUUGCAUCCUUGGCCAUCAUGGCUAAUAGCCAUUGAUGGACCUAUCGUCCAGGAACUUAUGACCCAGCAGGAGAUGAGCUCUCUGGUUUAUCCCAGCCUGGGCAUGAAGGACCGCAAAGCAGUGGCCAUCCUGCACUACCCCGGGGUGGGCAUGAACAUCAGCAAGGCCAGCACGGGACCCCACAUCACCAGUGCGGGCAUGAUGGCCCCCUCUGCAGCCCCCCCACCCUCAAAGCAGCCCUCCUUCGCCCUGCCAACGGCCCCUCACCUGCUGGCCAGCAUGCAGCUGCAGAAACUCAACAGCCAGUACCAUGCCAUGGGGGUCUCAGGGCACCCGGCGGAGGCUGGGUCCAUCCAGAGCUGGGGCUUUGGAGCCCAGCCCCUGGGCCAAGGGGCACUGGCUCCCCCUGCUGGCGCCCACAGCCCUGGCAUUAUUGAUUCUGAUCCAGUGGACGAGGAGGUGCUGAUGUCACUGGUGGUGGAACUGGGCCUGGAUAGAGCUAAUGAGCUCCCAGAGCUGUGGCUGGGCCAGAACGAGUUUGACUUUGCUGCAGAUUUCCCUUCCAGCCGCUGAUGCCAGACUGACCUUGACCACAGGCAACCCUGGCAGAGGACUUAAACAGGACAGCUGCCAAGGGCUGGCUGGCAUGAUGGACCUGGCCCUCCAGCCAACUGAGAGGCCUCUGGGCCUUGUUCCUACUACAGCUGAGUCCCCCUCUACAAGGGUGCACUUGUGCCGUUCAGGACAGUUCGGUGCAGCCGGAGAAACUACAGAGCGGCUGGUACUCUGUGAGCUUCUCUGAACUGUGUGACCUAGCGCCCGGUGGGGUUGCACCUUGCUGUGGAGGGCCAGCGUCUCCUGCUGGAUGGAUGGCUGAUGCUGGAGGGGGGAAUGGUGCCCUGGGGACUAAAUCUCAAACUGGUGCUGGAGAACAAGGUGGACUGCCAGGAGAAUGUAGCAGGGCGGAAGGUGAAGACAGAGGAAUGGAGGCUCACGCAAUAUGUACACCCCUACUGUGUCCUGGGAAGGGCUGCCUCAACGGGGUCUGUCACGCAGCUCCCUGGGACCAAAGCUGUGUCUCCCACCCCUGCAGGGGGCCAGUGACUCGCUUUACAGAGGAGACCGCCAGGGGCUAAGCACAGUACCUGCACUGCUGGGGGUGCUGGGACAAGGUGGGCGGGGGAGGAUCUGUUUCUGCAACAGCGUGGGGCUGCUCCUGUGUCUUUUCAGUAAAACCUGUAGAAGGAAUCGGCCUGCCCACAAGGCUGGUGGGGCCUGGCUCCUAUCACCUCUUGUGCUGAUUUACAGUUGUCCCUGGGGUUGCCAACUUUCUGAUUGCAGAAAACCGAACAUGCUUGCCCUGCUCCCUGUCCCACUCUUUCUCCAAGGCCCUGCCCCCGCUCCCUCCAUCUCUGCUUCCUCUGUUGCUAACUCUCAACCACCCUCACUCGCUCAUUUUCACCAGACUGGGGCAGGGGGUUAGGGUGAAGGUCCAGCU